AUGGAAAAGUCGUAUAUUGUUGUUUUCGUUCUUGCUUUUUUCUGGGCUCAUGGAGGAAUAGCCAAUGGUGCAAGAACAGAAGAUGGAUCAGAAGCUUGGGGAUAUGUUGAAGUCAGACCCAAGGCUCACAUGUUCUGGUGGUACUACAGAAGUCCAUUCAGGUCUCAAGAUCCAAACAAGCCAUGGCCUAUCAUUCUUUGGCUACAGGGUGGACCUGGUGCUUCUGGAGUUGGAAUUGGGAAUUUUGAAGAGGUUGGGCCUUUAGACACUUUUUUGAAGCCUAGAAAUUCCACAUGGCUGAGAAUAGCUGAUCUUCUAUUUGUAGAUAAUCCUGUUGGGACUGGAUAUAGUUUUGUGGAGCAGGAUGAUAAAAAUCUGCUUGUUAAAACUGAUGUUGAAGCUGCAAAUGAUUUAACUACAUUGUUGAUAGAAAUUUUUAAUAGAAAUGAGAGCCUCCAAAACAGUCCUCUCUAUGUGGUGGCAGAGUCUUAUGGAGGAAAAUAUGCUGUCACUCUUGGAUUAUCAGCACUAAAGGCAAUAGAGGCAGGAAAAUUAAAGCUCAAGUUUGGAGGAAUUGCAUUGGGGGACACUUGGAUUUCACCAGAAGAUUUUGUGUUCUCAUGGGGACCUCUUCUUAAAGAUGUCUCAAGGCUUGACAACAACGGUGCUCAAAAGUCAGACAGUCUGGCUCAACAAAUUAAACAAGAACUUGCAACUGGUAAGUUUGUAGAGGCAACAGAGACGUGGAGCGAACUCGAGGAUGUUAUUAGUUCUAGCAGCAACUCAGUGGAUUUCUACAAUUUUCUAUUGGAUUCCGGGAUGGAUCCGGUAUCAAUGACAGCUUCUGAGCUAAAACGGGAAAUUUCAAAAAAACGUUACUCGAGAUACUUGAACUAUUUAAGGCCAACUCCCGAUGGCAAUGGGGAUAUUGAUAGGCUUAUGGAUGGUCCUAUUAAAAAGAAGCUAAAGAUUAUCCCAGACUAUGUCCAAUGGGGAGGGCAAUCAGAUCUUGUUUUCACUGCAUAUGAAGGAGACUUCAUGAGGCCAAGGAUCAAUGAGGUUGAUGAAUUGCUUGCGAAGGGAGUCAAUAUCACAGUAUACAGCGGUCAACUGGACGUGAUCUGCUCAACCAAGGGAACUGAAGCAUGGCUCGAAAAGCUCAAAUGGGAUGGACUAAAAACAUUCUUGAGCAUGGACAGAACACCAUUGUAUUGUGGGGAUGAGAAAAUUACAAAGGGUUUCACAAAGUCAUACAGGAAUUUACAUUUUUACUGGAUUCUUGGAGCUGGCCACUUUGUACCGGUUGAUCAGCCAUGCGUGGCACUCAACAUGGUGGGGAGCAUCACACGGUCUCCAGCUGCAUCAAGAUAG